AAAGUAGCCGCUCGCUUUUGGGUGUAGUAAUUGUGUAGAAAACUUGUUGAUUUUUCUUUAUUAUAACAAUAAUUGGCAAAUAAAACAAAAUCAUACAUACAAAAAAUAAUGUUUUUUUCUUAUCAGUGUUAAAUUUGUUUUUAAACAAACGACUACAGUGAUUUUGAGUAGAAAAUCUUUCUAAACAACCGAUAAGAUUCGGUAUUUCUUAUGCUAAAAUUCUUUGUGAAAAUUUUAGGACAAACAAAAAAAUUUAAAAAUUAGAAAAUAAUGUCCUCGUCGUAUAACCGCAACACUGAAUUGCGAAAUGUUAAUACUAAAGAUUUGUACAACUUGGCUGUUAUCCUCGAUGAUGACAAUUAUUGGCAAACAUUAAUGGAAAUCAUACCAAAGGAAAUAAACAAUCAAACAUUUGGUACGGCGGAAGAUUUAGAGAAAAUUGCUUCAGGAACAUCGUAUGAACGUAAAUAUAACAAUGAUCAUAUUCGUUUAAUAGAGAAUGCAAUACGUCGGCCUGGAGAAUCGCGACUAUAUUCACAAAUACUCUUUGAUGAGUGGGGUUCAUCUGGACGCAAACAAGAAAGACCCACAAUGGGUGUACUCUUGCAUUUGCUGGUACAAUCAAAACUCUAUCGUGCGGCAGAUUAUGUUGCUGAGCUAUUGAAUGAACCCAAACCGCCUCGUCCUACAAAUGGUCCCGCAGCAGAAUUUGAAUUUGAAAUAGAUGUUUUUAAUGAUAUUCAAGAGACAGUAAAUGAUACACGCUUUUAUCCAAAUACAGAAGAUUUACAAGAAAAUAUAAACAUGGAUAUUAAUAAAGACUAUUAUACGAAAUAUCAUAAAAAUGUUGAUAAAAAAUUACCAAUAUUAAAUGAAAAUACUGAAGAGCCAAUUAUGACGACGCCUCCAAAACCCCCACCAAGGUUACUAAAAUCAGCGAGAUUAUUAAAACAGCAGCAGCAGCAACAACAGCAAUCAAAUCAAUUACUACAACAAACUGCCAAUAUAAAUAAUAUAAACCACAAGACCCCAAACAGUGAAGAGGAGCGUCCACAACAACAACAAUAUCAACAAAUGAAUACACACUCGAAUAAUGAAAGUAUGUCAGCAAUGUCUUCAGCAUCAACAAAUAAUAUACCGGAUCUAUCGGAACUAAUGAAUGCAGCAAAUAGUAAAAUAUUAGCUGCAACAACAACCAUUACUACAACGAAUUACUCGGAGGUGAGUGAAAACGUAUUGCCAAAUUUGUCCGCACUAAAUAAUAGCUCCGAAAGAAUAUCUCAACUUUAUGAAGAGGAAGACGACGAUGAUAGUUUAAAUAGUACGCCAUCAUUAAUUUAUAGCAAACCAAAUAUUGUGGAUCACCACGAACAGCAACAUCCAGACUUGAAUAGCAUACCAAUAUUAGUUUUAAGUAAACCAUUAAAUAUUGACAUUAAGGAAGAAGAAUUAAAACCUGACAACGAUGCUGAAAUACAUAAUGACGAUUUGCCAGCGAUAAGCGCAUUAAAUCUAAAUGGUGAAAGGGAUGACGUUGAGCCACAACAGCAACAUCAUCAGCCAAGUAAUAAUUUCGAAAAUGUGCCCUCAGUGGCUUUGAACUUUACGGGCCACCGAAGGGGCAGCUUUGAAGAGUGCGCUGUCAAUGAUGAAGAUUUAAAUAUACCCUGCUUGGUGGCAAAUAUGAAUUUCAGCGAAAAUCCCUCGAGACAUCAACUGGAGUCCAUAGAAGAGGACUAUAAUGGAAUUGAACAUGAGCAUGACAAUGAGGGAGGCGAUGUUGAACUGGAGGAUGAUGAUGAUUCUAUACCGAAUUUAAGUUUCUUAGAGAAUCGUAGCUCCAACAAUGAAUCCAGUUUAACUAGUGUUACGAACACAAGUGGUGACAACAGUUUUGAGCAAAGUGUCAACGAUUGUAGUUCUACUUCAACCGACAAUGUUCCAUUUUUAAGUGUAUUAAAUCAGUAAUUUAUUAUUACAUAUACAUA